AGCAAUGACGUCCUCCCAUUCUCACCGCGCAUGCGCGGCUCCUCCUGGAAUGCGCAGCGCGGAUCUGUGUAGCCCCAGCAGUGCCACCUGUCAGUGUCCACCAGUGCCAGCUCUGUGCUCAUCCAUGCCAUCUGCCAGUGCCCAUCAGUGCCACAUUUCAGUGCCCAUCAGUGCCACAUAUCAGUGCCCAUCUGAGCCGCCUUUCAGUGUCACCCAGUGCCAGUCAGUGCCACCUAUCAAUGCCAGUCAGUGCCACCUAUCAGUGCUGCCAAUCAGUGCCACCUAUCAGUGCCAGUCAGUGGCCUAUCAAAGUGCAUCAGUUCCGCCUAUCUGUUUCCAUCAGUGCUGCCUAUCAGUGUCGCCUAACAGUGCCAGUCAGUGCCAGUCAAUGCCGCCUAUCAGU